UUUUUUUCCAAAGAGAGAGAGAGAGAGAGAGUAAGAUGGUUGUAAAUUGUGAUGAUAAAAGAUGGGGUCUUGAAUCCUACAUACAUAUGUUGGGCUUCUCUCCAACACAUAAAAGUACCAAUUGUUCAACCAGACAAACAAGGGUGUUAAUUAAUUCUUCUAAUUGAGAUCGAGAUCAAGAUAUAUAUAUUCAAAAUCAACUCUUUUGUCUCCUAAUUGUGCUCCAGAAAAUGGAACCAAUCAAAGAUCAAUAUCCAAGUAGAAGAAAGUUCAAGAGGAUUUGUGUCUUUUGUGGGAGCAGACCUGGUUCUAAACCUGCAUUUGCUCAUGCAGCCCUUCAACUUGGCAAACAGCUGGUUAAGAGAAAUAUUGAUUUGGUGUAUGGAGGAGGAAGUAUUGGUUUAAUGGGUUUGAUCUCUAAAACUGUUGCAGAUGGAGGUUGCCAUGUUCUUGGAGUGAUUCCAAGAGCUCUUUUGCCACAUGAGGUUUCAGGAGAAACUAUAGGAGAAGUGAAAAUAGUUUCUGAUAUGCAUGAAAGGAAGUCAGAAAUGGCUAAACAUGCGGAAGCAUUCAUUGCACUUCCAGGUGGUUAUGGGACAAUGGAAGAAUUAUUGGAGACUAUAACAUGGGCUCAGUUAGGGAUCCAUGAAAAGCCAGUGGGUCUACUAAACGUUGAUGGGUAUUACAACAACUUGCUUGCAUUGUUUGAUAAAGGAGUAGAAGAAGGGUUUAUUGAAGAUUCAGCAAGAAAAAUUGUUCUUCAUGCAGAUACACCUCAAGAACUGCUUAACAAAAUGGAGGAGUACGUGGCAGUUCAUGAUAGGGUUGCGACCAGACAAAGCUGGGAAGUGGGCCAAGAAGAAAUCACAAGCACUAGUACUACAACUAUUACUGAGGAGGACCCCAAAAUUCUUAAGUCCUAAUUGUAAAUAUUUACUAUCCCCAAGUUAUCUGAUGUAAAGAUGUUGUUGUUUUGUUGUUGAUUAUCUAAUUAAUUGAAUUCCAUCAUAAUGUAUAUAUAUUCUAAAUUAAAAGGUAGCCAAAAUCUACUAGCUUCCAUUCUUCUCUAGAUAUUCAAACAUAUGUGGGGACAAUGCAAAGAUUCCAUAUGAUCUUAAUCAUUAUUUCUUUCUUUUU